AGAUUCUCUGGGUAACGGUGAAUCCUGAAUGUGAGGUCCUCCACGACUGUGUUUUCCAUACAGUGUGCUUUUGCGUAUCAGGUGUGAGAGAGACAGAGAGAGAGAGAGAAUGGCAUCUUCUUCUCUGCUCUCGGCCAUCCCACAACAUUCUGCUUUAGCUUCCUCGGACCACUUCAACUUCAAGUCAGCUAGGAUUCCUGUGAGAUCUAGUUUGGAAAAUGAGCAACAGAGUACAGUUGAUUCAGACAACUCAUCGAAACCAGCAAAGGGUUCUCGAUCAUCAAUCUCUCGACGCAGUUGUCUCACUUGUUUAUGUUCCACUCUGUCCUUGAUGAACAAUUUUGGUACACCAAUUUCCAUACAAAAGGCAACUGCUUCAGAAGGAAAAGAUAGGCCAGUAUGCCGGAACUGUGGGGGCAGCGGUGCCAUUCUCUGUGAUAUGUGUGGUGGUACAGGAAAAUGGAAAGCUCUCAACAGAAAACGGGCUAAAGAUGUCUACGAGUUUACAGAAUGUCCAAAUUGUUAUGGUCGAGGGAAACUUGUGUGUCCUGUUUGUUUAGGGACUGGUCUACCAAAUAACAAAGGCCUUCUUAGGAGGCCUGAUGCGCGACAAUUGCUUGAUAAGAUGUAUAACGGUCGGCUGCUACCGAGGUCUUAAAUCACAUCAUUGAAAUGUUGCAGUUAGAGGCUAUUUGACCACAAGAAUACACUUCGAUUUGUUGGACAAAGAAGUGGCAGAGAGUAAAGACUACAUGUUGCACCCCAAAGAGCAGCACAAAUAUAGAAGCUUUUUCCCUGUUCUAGGGUCAUUGACAUGGUCUAACCGUACAGCUUAUACUCGCCAAAGUUGCAUGCAAUUUGGGUUGAUGAGGAGGUCCUUUUGUUUACUUUACACCACCAAACUCAUUCACUUAGCUACACAUGAUUAUUGCAUCGGCUAGUAUAAAAGCUUCUAGCGAUUUGAACACUGGAUGAUCACCAUUAAGCCAUAUUUGUUUGAUGUGGAAAAUGGACUUCUUUAUUGAGCUGAAAAUGUAUUGAAUUGAGUGCAUGUUCUUCCUAUCA